GACCAGGAUUGUAACCGGCAUACGAGCCCAUAUCAUUGCUGUCCCUCGCCCGGCCUCUUUUCGUGCUCUACGACCAGCGAGACCCACAACCAAGCGCACGAUGUCGUCCGGUGCGAAUUUCAAGCAGGAACCUCACAGGUUGCUGGUCAUCCCUGGACCGAUUGAAGUUGCGGACGAUGUACUCUACGCCAACGCGCACCCUUCCAUGUCACACGUCUCUGCCGAGUUCAUCCCUGUGCUGGGCGAUUGUAUCCGUAUGACGAGGGAUGUGCUCCUGACCUCCACCGGCCAACCAUUCAUCAUUUCUGGGUCUGGCACCCUUGGCUGGGAUCAGGUUGCCUCCAACCUCGUAGAGCCUGGGGAAGACGUCCUCGUCCUGAACACCGGGUAUUUCGGAGAUAGCUUUGCCGAAUGUCUGCAGACCUACGGAGCCAAAGUAGAUCAGAUUACAGCCGAAGUCGGCGGGGUCGUGAGUCAAGCCGAUAUAGAGUCGGCCCUCAAGAGCAAGAAAUAUAAGAUCGUCACCUUCACCCACGUAGACACGUCCACUGGCGUCUUAUCGGACGCCAAAGCUAUUGCGGAGACUGUAAAGAAAGUCUCUCCUGAUACCCUCACUGUAGUAGACGGUGUAUGCUCCGUUGCCAGCGAAGAGAUUCGUUUCGAUGACUGGGGCAUCGAUGUCGUUUUAACCGCCAGCCAGAAAGGCCUUGGUACGCCUCCUGGCCUGAGCAUUCUCGUGGCCAGUCAGAAGGCGAUCAAGGUUUACGAGAACCGUAAGACUCCCCCCAACUCGUACUAUGCGAGCUGGAAGAAGUGGCUUCCCAUCAUGCAGGCAUACGAGAAAGGUUCUCCGGCGUACUUUGCGACGCCCCCGGUUAACCUGAUCUAUGCCUUCCACGCCGCCCUGACGCGCAUUACGAAGGGCUCCCCGAGCCUCAGCGAGCGCCUCAAACUCCACAGAGAAGCCAGCCAGAAGGUUAAGGCAGCUGGGAAAGAGCUCGGUCUCAAACAAGUCCCCCUGGACGAAAAAUUCGCUGCCAACGGCAUGAGCGCGUUCUACUUCCCAGAAGGUGUGACCGGGCCAGACGUCCUCCCUCGUCUCUUCAAGAAGGACGUUAUCGUCGCUGCCGGUUUGCAUAAGGCAAUGAAGGAGAAAUACUUCCGCGUCGGACACAUGGGCAUCAGCGUUGUGGACGAGCAACGGGGCGAUAUUGAUAAGGUUAUUGCAUCGAUGAAGGAAGCUAUCGAGGAAGCGAUCCAAAGCAAGAAAUUGUAAGGUGGUGUACGAAUUAGCCAGAAGCCAUUUCUCCAGCGGAACAGGUCACCUAUUUAAGGCGCAUAUGUAGCCCUAGGAUUUCUUCGAAAUUAUGAAAAGCUUUACAAGAUGAACGUGUAAACAUCGGAGAAUGUCUCACCAAGCUCGUUUCACGUCUGGAGUUCGUCUCCGUCAAAAGCACCCGAAGUGCGACUGCACUGGCUUGCCAUUGCAGAUAGAUGCACGGGUUCAAUAGUCAUUGUGGGAUCUCGGUCGGAAUAUAGGCUACAGGAUUUGUCGAUGCUAAUUCUACAUAUCUAUCCGCUAAUCGUACUUGUGUAGAUGUUUUGUGGAGAUAAGAUAAUCAAUGCGCAUUAGCCCCCGAGUCGCUUCAGCCGUGCUUCGGCAGCCCUAGCUCGACGUUCCCGUUCGACCUUGGCCCUCAUUUCGGGUGUCAGACCAGCUAUUCCGUCCACAGCACCAGCGGCGCCUCCCAGCUUCCGGGGGCCCGUGGUAUCUUGACUUCGAGGAGCCUGCGCAACCUGAGGCUCCGCGGGAAGUGGGGGUGGAGACUCGACUUCUCUCUCCUUCUCUUUCGCUUGUCGCUCGCGUAGCUUAUCUUUCAAUCCCUUCCGCCGAACUUUCUUCUUCUCCUCCUGCUCCUCUUCCAUUUCUUGAGUCAGGACACUAGGAACGUGCGCUGCCACGAGCCAGUCCCACCAGUCCGGAUGGGCAGCCGCGCAUCGUCGGAAAACGUUGCGCACCUCCUUCGUCCUUGCCAGAUCGUACGCAGUGCGCCUGGACCUAGCCUUUGCUGAAGACCCUUCGUCUUCCUUGGUCUCGCCAUCCUCAUGGCCCUCCACGCUUGGAACUUCCACCGUCGGAUCAGCGUGUGCCUCCUCGAG